AUGAAUAGAAAACAAGAAUCGAACGGUUUCAACAGUUUGUUCGAAAAAGGUAAAUGCCGACAAAUCCAUCUGCUCCUUCUGCUUUAUUCGAAUUAUCUCAUAGGGGGAGAAACCUUUUCCACAUUGAGGUUUCAGCUACUCUUGCAGAUAACAUGCCGGAGAACCAACGUUUCAUCGACUUUUUCAGUAACUUACCGAAACGACGUUCAAGGAAGGGAAUUAUGA